AUGCCAGUAUCGCCUGCUGCCCACCAGCGCCUGGACACCACCACUGUCCACUACCCCCAGCGGUGCCAGUGCAGCCCGCCGCCCCAUUGGAGGGCACCACUACCUAGUGCCCUUGGUGGUGCCAGUGAUGCCCUCCGCCCCUCUGGACGCCACCACUGCCCCAGUGGUGCCAGUGUUGCCUGCCGUCCUCCUGGAUGCCACCAGUGUCCGCAGCCCGUGGAGAUGCUAGUGACACCUGCCACCCGCCGCCCUCCUGGGCACCACCACUGGCCACUGCCCCUGGUGGUGCCAGUGCCACCCGCCGCCCCCAUGUAUGCCACCACUGCCCACCACCCCUGGAGAUGCCAGUGCCUCUCGCCGCCCCAGUGGAUGCCACCACUGCCCGCCAUCCCCGGCAGUGCCAGUGCUGCCCUCCACCGCCCUGGACGCCACCACUGCCCCCAGUGGUGCCAGUGCCACCCGCUGCCCCCCUGGAAGGCACCACUGCCUAGUGCCCCUGGCAGUGCCAGUGCUGCCCUCCACCCCCCUAGACACCACCACUGCCCCCAGCAGUGCCAGUGCCACCUGCUGCCCCCAUGGAAGUGCCAGUGCCACCCGCUGCCCCCCUGGAAGGCACCACUGCCUAGUGCCCCAGGCAGUGCCAGUGCUGCCCUCAGCCCCCCUGGACGCCACAGCGCUGCCAGUGCUACCCGCUGCCCCCCUGGAAAGCACCACUACCUAUUGCCUCUGGCAGUGCCAGUGCUGCCCUCCGCCCCCCUGGACGCCACCACUGACCCCAGCAGUGCCAGUGCCACCCACUGCCCCCCUGGAAGGCACCACUCCCUAGUGCCCCUGGUGGUGCCAAGGCUGCCCUUCGCCCCCCUGGACGCCACCACUGCCCCCAGCGGUGCCAGUGCCACCCGCUGCCCCCCUGGAAGGCACCACUGCCUAGUGCCCCUGGCAGUGCCAGUGCUGCCCUCCGCCCCCCUGGAUGCCACCACUGCCCCCAGCGGUUCCAGUGCUACCCGCUGCCCCCUGGAAGGCACCACUGCCUAG